GUUGUCCCUUUCUUCUUGACUCUUUUUUCUCUCUCUUCUCUUUGUCUUUUUCUCCUCUUCAUAUCCAUCUCUUAAUGCUUUAAAUUUCACUUUCUUCUUUUAAUUCUCUCCCCCCCAAUUCUUCUUCUUCUUCACUUUUAGCAGCUCCCCUUUGUCUUACUACUGCUAUAUUUCUUGUUUCAGAUAACUGUCUUUUCUUCUUUCUUUCUGAAAACCCCAAAAAACUAGGAAUAAAAAUCACUAUUUUUUUUGCAUACCUUUUAUCACAUAUUCAGUCAAAAGUAUAGUAUGAAAGCUAAAAAACUGAUCUUUUUCAAGAUCAGUGGACCUUUCUUUUGAAUUUUGUCCCAAGAUUUGAUUUUUUUUUUUGUUGAGCAAAUAGUCAUGGCUGGCAGUAAUGAAAUUAAUGCUAAUGAAUCUAAGAGGGUGGUUCCACUUAAUACAUGGAUCCUUAUAUCCAAUUUCAAGCUUUCUUACAACAUGCUUCGUCGGCCUGAUGGCACGUUUGACCGUGAUUUAGCUGAGUUCCUAGAUCGGAAGGUCCCUACAAACUCGAUUCCAGUGGAUGGGGUUUAUUCUUUUGAUGUAUUUGAUCGGGUGACAAGCCUUCUUAAUCGAGUCUAUCGAUCUGCUCCUGAGAAUGAGGCUGAUUGGGGUAAAGUAGAACUCGAGAAACCUUUGAGCACCACCGAAAUCGUUCCCGUUAUAAUAUAUUUCCAUGGCGGGAGUUUUACUCAUUCCUCGGCCAAUAGUGCUAUUUACGAUACGUUUUGUCGUCGCCUUGUGAAGAUUUGCAAGGCAGCUGUUGUUUCUGUGAACUAUCGACGAUCGCCAGAACAUCGAUAUCCAUGUGCGUACGAUGAUGGAUGGGCUGCACUAAAAUGGGUCCAAUCAAGAACAUGGCUUCAAAGCGGGAAGGACUCGAAAGUUCACGUCUACUUAGCUGGUGAUAGUUCUGGUGGUAAUAUCGCUCACCACGUUGCAGUAAGGGCUGCUGACUCAGGUGUCGAAGUAUUAGGUAAUAUCCAUCUUCAUCCGAUGUUUGGUGGGCAAAAGAGGACAGAAUCCGAGAAAAGAUUGGACGGGAAAUACUUUGUAACGGUUCAAGACAGGGAUUGGUACUGGAGAGCAUAUCUACCAGAAGGGGAAGAUAGAGAUCAUCCAGCUUGUAAUAUAUUUGGCCCGAGGAGUAGUAGUCUUGAAGGACUAAAGUUUCCAAAGAGUUUAGUCGUCGUAGCUGGUUUGGAUCUUAGUCAAGAUUGGCAAUUGGCAUACGUCGAAGGUUUGGAAAAAUCCGGGCACGAGGUAAAGCUCCUAUUUCUAGAACAGGCAACAAUCGGUUUUUACUUCUUGCCUAAUAACGAUCAUUUUCCUUGCCUAAUGGAGGAGAUAACGAGCUUCAUCCAUCCAAACUGUUAAUAGAUUUUAGUUAACUUCAGCUAUACAUAACAGAAGCUUGACAUCUCACUCGGGUUUUUUUUUCCGUUCUCUGUAGUGAAUAGGUUGGUGUGUAGUUAUAUGAUCUAGAAUUACUUCACUCUUACUCGUCAGCAUUUUACGUGUGGUAAUACGAGUGUCUUUCUCCAUCUGACAAUCACUGGUUUGAUCUUCUUGAUAUGAAGUCGCCCUAACGUGUUAUCUGAGGGAAUUGUAAUUUCUGGAAAUUGGCAGAAGCAUCUUGUUCUGAGCUUUACCUUUGGGAGUUUAUCUACCUUUGAGAGGAAUAAUAUAUCAGAAUAUGAUGCUGUUGUUUACUUACUUGAUUUGUAUGUUGUGCUUAAGAAAUAUAUAUAAAGAUUUUGUUUGUUCAUUUUC